AUGCCCCGCGACGAGAGCCCGCCGCCGCCGCCGCCGGUGCCCCCCAACUCCCCGCGUGUGUUGGCUGCUCUGCGCAACUUCCCCGAUUUCCCCAUUCCCGGCAUCGACUUUAUCGACAUCUUGCCUAUCUUCCAAGACCCCCAAACCUUCGAGGCCCUUCUCCAGGUCCUGACGAACGAGAUCUCCGAGACCUUGGGGUUCACGCCAGAUGUCAUUGUUGGUCUUGAUGCCCGUGGCUUCCUCUUUGGCCCCACGCUGGCUCUGCGGUUGGGCUGCUCCUUCGUUGCCGUUCGCAAGAAGGGCAAGGUGCCUGGUCCCACUGUGACCGCAGCUUAUGAGAAGGAAUACGGUACGGAUUAUUUCCAGAUGCAGUCGGAUGCUAUCAAACCGGGACAAAAGGUUCUGGUGGUUGACGACAUCAUUGCUACUGGAGGAUCCGCUGCUGCCGCAGGCGCACUCGUUACCCAGCUCGGUGGUACCACGGUGGGAUAUCUCUUCUUAAUUGAGAUUCCCUUCCUGAAGGGCCGUGAUAAGCUGGGCAACCUGCCCAUCAUCAAGCUCCUUGACGCUGCUUGA